AGUCACGAAGAAGAAGUUUCGAGAGCGUGCGAGGCAAUAAUAAAAAGGCAGGAGUUGAUGCUAAGCUAAAUACUAAAAUAAAUCUGGUUUUAGGUAUUUUAGAAACCAGUGUCAUAAAGCAGCCGAAAGAUAAAUAGCGACCAACACUGCCUGCGUUAUAUAAGUUCGCAGCACCUCUCUGUUAUCCAGAUAUAAAUUAGUUAGCUAACGUUAGCCGAGCUGUCAGCCGGUGUGAGACCCCGGGAUGUCAGUUCACUUUGAAGAGAGGAGCGGAGUCGUCCCCUGCAAAACCCCAUGGGGGUCCUGGUACCAGACCAUGGAGGAGGUCUUUGUCGAAGUCGAGGUUCCUCACGGGACGUCAGCCAAGGAGGUGAAGUGCCAGUUAGGAUCCAAGAACAUAGAGCUACACGUCAAAGGAAAGGAAAUAUUCAAGGGAAAGCUGUUUGGCACUACUGUGUCUGAUGAGGCUACGUGGACACUAGAGGAUAAAUGUCUUAUCCAGAUUGUCCUGAUGAAGGCCAACAGAGAGGCAGGGAAUUGCUGGUCCUCUCUGUUGGAGGGGGAGUACUGUGCAAAUGCCUGGGUCCAGGACCAGAUGCAGAGGAAGCUCACAUUAGAAAGGUUCCAGCGAGAGAAUCCUGGAUUUGACUUCAGUGGUGCAGAGAUUUCUGGGAAUUUUGCAGGAGGUGGUCCAGAUUUUUCCAGUCUGCAGAAAUGACAGAGGCCGUGAUGCCUGACUCAUAUUGGAUAUGUGCUCCUGCCUGAUCAAAUGUAAAGGACCUCAUGACAUCAACAGUGGAUCCAUCAGAUCUUUGGAGGUCUAAAGCGUUUGCCUUCAGAACUUGAAUAUUGGAUAACAAGUUGUAUGACUCGUUUUUAGCAAGUGCUCUCAUGUGACUUUUCUUGGCUAUGAAAGACUGCCAAGAAACUAUAUGGAAGACUGAAAGUCUGUUAUUUGGACAGAUUAUAACAGCUCAUAGGAUGAAGCAUUUGAGAUGUGUUCAGAAAUGCGAAAAACGCAGUACUGUUGGCUUUUCAAUAAAUUUUAUUGAAAGGUACAAGGACAUAGGUUAACCAGAUGGUGUACUGAAUUCGACAAUUUGAGUCUGAGAACACAUUGUUUUGUUACUAAAGUAAAUUUGUACUACACAGGGAAACUGGCAAAGAGAACACCAUACAGAUUCUGAACCGCAUUUCCACAGCAAUGACCAAUUAUUUAGUGCUCUGCAUAAUUGACAGAUGAAAUCAAUUAGUACGUGUGGUGCUUCACUGUGUCCACAAAUUAAAAAUCAGUGAAAACAACUCAUCUGUAACCGCUGAUCACAAAGCUGACAUUUCAGCUCAGAAUAUAGAGUAGCCAGAAAUGACAGAAUCGUCACUAGCUUCACUUCACUGGAAAAACCAGAGCUCCCUCGCUAUAAAAAAA